AAUGUUAAGAAGUAUUUGCAUUUAAGAGAGAGAAUCAAUGGAGACGUACAAGAGAGAAUCAACAAGACGCAUCCGUAGACACAGUCAUGGUGUUCUUCAAGACCUCUUCAUUAAAGGAUUUAAAGAUGAAGGCCGGAAUAUUAAUGCUCGAGGUCAUAGAGUUGAGAGAGCAUUGACACCCACAUACCAUCGGUCUCUGGACAACAUAUUUCCACAUAAAGGAGCUCUUAUUCACUUGACUGGAAAUAAUGCCGUUGAAAUCUACAAGCCGUCCAAGCAAAGUCAGUCAGCUAUUAGAGAGCAGUUGAGUGACGUUUACCUUCCUGCUAUCACCGGAAAGAUGUCAAACCUGGAGUCAGCCAGAGCCAAACUGAGUCACUCAUGUCCUUAUCUGUACACGAGCAGACGGCGCGGCUCGACCUCUUCCAUCAACUCUCAGAGAGCUCCUGACUUCAGCAAGCAGGUGAGCCUCUCGGCAGUGGGUUUCGGCUCUGUUGAGGGAUUACGCUAUCACAGGACCUUUGUGUACAGUGAUGAGUUUCUGUUGGACAGAAGAUCAAGUUACCUUAAAGCACAAAAGGAGUCGAAAAGGUCAAAUGUUACUGUGACGAUGAUGUACCUGGGACAGGGGGUUCCUGGAAACACUCCAGAUGAGAUGAAAGUACUUCAGCAGAUCUGUGGAGGAGAAAACAUCUGUGUGUUUAAAGGAUUUGUCCAACCUGGAGAGCAAUUUCAGUUUAUAUCUCAGAGACAUCUGGGUUACCCCUUCAGCGCUUCCAUCUUUGUGAAUGGGAUGAUGGCAGCCAGGAUCAGUUCGUGUUGCGAGUAUCGAUACGGCCCGGGCUUUCAGCAGGGCCGCGGGAGCUGCUUCAGAUUGACCCGUCUGAACGGAGGGAAACCCUGCUACAAAUGUGUGAAUUCAAGGCACGGUAUUGGCAUUUCAGCGAUCAAUAGUCCAGCUCCAACCUUUCGGCGAGACAUCAAUUCUAAUGAAGGUGCGGAGUCCUGUUCAUCCCCUUUAUUUAUGCCCCUUGGAAUGAAAAGAUCUGUGCAGAAAACCAGAAAGCCGCCUAAGGAUGGAAGUGUUUUGUCAACCGACAGUGAAGAUCUAAAUGGCAGCGUAAAAGAAAAACGGCAACGCAAACGGCAUAAAGGACGUCAGCGAACGGAUGACAAAGAAUCGGAGGAAGGUUCGAGAACAAAGAAAGAAGCAAAUAAAUUUCAAGUCGGCACUACCAAACAACAGCUGCAAACAUCAGCAACCAAACACAUGGACGGCAAAGAUAGUUUCGUAGCUGAAAAUAAAAUGAACGUGCCAGAUUCAUUGCAGGAAGGAAAAACUCAGAAUAAGCACAAUGCGAAAAACCCGACGGAUCCUCUGACAACGAAUGGAAAAAGCAGAAACGAGGGAAGACUGAGGGACUUCUAUGAAGAAUGUGUUGAAAUGAGCACUGGUCUGGAGUCAGGCCUAGACCAACAGAGGUGGUUCAAAGCAAACAAGAUUGAGAGGAACCGAAUUAAAAAUCAGCUGAGUUCAAGACCCUCUGCUAUUGGCUCGGCAUCAGAGGUGGAGCUUAGUGAUGAAAGUGACAGCGGUGACCCCCAUGCAAGACCAAAGACCCCUAAAAUAAAUAACAAGCAAGGCACUGAAAACGAGACAGAACAAGACUUACAAAAACAGAUGGAUGCCAUUACGGAAGUGCUCAACAAUUCUGAUGAGGUGGAACAACUGAUCCUGAGAAACACUGGACUGACAGAUGAUCUGCUCGAGGGUCUGGCAGCAGCACUCAAGAGAAGUCCGUCUGAGGUCACGGUCAUUAACCUGAACCUGAACCACAUCGGACCACCUGGCGUUCAUGUUUUACUAGACCUCCUGAAGGCCAAACCACACAUCAAAGAACUACUAUUAUUUGGAAACCAGCUUGGUGAUCUUGGAGUGCAAAAUCUGCUUAGUGGAUUGGCUGAACUUCAAGAGCCAACGGUGGUUCUGCAUGGAAACUCCGAACGUCUUAGCUUCUCUGCGGUGAGCUUUGCGAUCAAAGAGUUAGAUUUGGGUGGAAAUGGUAUUGGAAGUGAUGGCCUGAGGGUGCUGGCCACUUUCAUGAGAUAUCACUCCAAGCUUCAGUAUCUGGGCCUGGCACAAACAUCAUGCUCAGACAUGGAGGCUUGGAUGGCCUUGUUUGAAAGCCUGAAAACGAACGCUGAACUCACACACAUCAUAUUGGAUGAAAGCAACCUUGGAGACGACGGCGUCAAGCUGUUUGCCGAAUCAUUGAAAUCUAAUGAGGCUCUGAAGAAGGUGGAGCUGGACGAUAAUGGGUUUGGCGACAUUGGAGGAAAUUAUCUUCUGGAGGCUCUGAGCUCUCGGGGAAAGCGUCCUCUCGAACACCUCAGCCUGGAAGGGAAUUACGUCAGUACGGCACUCAUGACCAAAAUACAGCAGGAAGUUGAAUCUAAGGGAUCAGCUCCUGAUGGGUGA